AUGGAGACUCAAAAAACAAAAAGUAACUUUAGAAGUCAAAAGUUAUAAUAAAUAGGCUAGGCAGCUUUAAAGUUAUUUAAAAGAAUACCUAUAUUUGAUCCUUCUAGUCACUUUAAAAUUUUUUGGGACUUAAUUUAGCUUAUGAUUAACUUAGUAAUAUCAAUAGUUAUUCCUUUUUAUGUUGCAUCAGGAGUUCAGUUUAAUAUUAUUUUUCCUGAUUACCUUGUAUUUUUAUAUAAAAUAAUGUCUAUUGUUGAUAUAAUUAUUAAUAUUAAUACUGGGUAUUUUGAAUAAGGUCACUAUAUCAACGACAAACUCAGAAUUUUAAAUAAUUAUUUAAAAUCGAGCUUCUUAAUUGACUUAAUUAGCUUACUUCCUAUUUUUGUGCACUUCCAUUUUGUAAAUGGAAAUACUGGCACAACUGAUUUUUCAUUUGGCAAGCUUCUGCUUUUGCUAUGUCUCUUAAAAAUGACUCAAUUUAGCAGAACUUUUAACAAAAUUCAAGAAAGGAUUCUACUUACCCCAAAUACAACUAAUUUUAUUUCUUUAUGCAAACUGCUAGCAACUAUGAUUUUUGUUUGCCAUUUGUUUGCCUGCUCUUGGGUGUUACUUGGAAAGAUUCAGAUAAACUACAAUUUAAAUAACUAAAAUUGGUUAACAAAAGCUAAUUUACAAGAUUAACCAAUUUAAAAUAUUUAUCUUCACGCUCUUUAUUAUUCUAUAACUACUAUGUCAACAGUAGGGUAUGGUGAUAUAACUCCUAUUUCUGAAAUAGAACUUCUUUGGAGCUUAUUUUCAAUUCUAAUGUCAAGUUAAAUGUUUGCGUAUUCAAUAAAUACGAUUGGAUAAUUAUUAAGGGAAUUUUCUAAAAAAGAUUAGGAAACACAAAAUAAAAUAUAUUUAAUUAACAAAUAUAUGAUAAAAAAGAAUGUAAACAAAGCUCUAAAAUAUCAAAUAAGAGAAUAUCUAGAAUACUACUGGUAAGAAAAUGAUAUAGAUGAUUCCAAGCAACAAGAAAAUAUAAUCAACUAACAGCUAAGCAAAUAGCUAAGAGAGUAACUCUUAAUGGAUUCUAAUAGAAUAAUACUCAAAGAUUCACCAAUAUUUAAGCAUAAUUUCAGCUCAAACGUUAUCACUAAAACAUUAAACAUAAUACAAUAACUAACAUGUACACCUGAAGAGAAAAUUUUUAAAAGAGGAGAUAUAUAGCAAUAAAUAUUUUUUAUAGAAAAAGGUGAAGUGGAUAUUAUUAUGGAAGGAGAAGAUGAAGAUAAAUAAAAAAUAUACUAAAAACCAAAAAUUAUAUCAACUUUAGGUAAAGGCAAAAGCUUUGGAAUGGUUGGGUUUUUUACUGGUUUUUCUGAAAGUUAUACAGUGAGAAGUAAAGAGUUUUGUAAACUUCUUUUUAUAAAAAGAUAAGAUUUUCUAGAAGUGCUAAAAGAAUAUCAAAGCGACUAUGAGAAGUUUUGCUAUAUUAAAGAUAAUAUAAUGUUAUAUGAUAAUUUAGAUUUAAUAAAAAAAGAUUGUUUGUCUUGCCUAAGUACUUCUCACUAAUUGCAGUUCUGUCCUGAUACUCAUUAUAUCCCUAACAAAGAACACAUAAUUGCUAGAUUUAAUCAUUAAAAUUUAAAAUAAAGAUAUGAAUUUGAAAGAAAAAAUUAUUCUUAUAAAAUUAAAGGUAUAAAUCCAGAAAAAUUUUCAAUUUUAUGCUUUUAAAAUAAUAAUAAAGAUUUUUUGGAAGAUUAUUAUAUUAAAACAUAUUUGCCAUAUUCCUUAAGGAAUGAAAUUUCUUUCUAAAAUCUUGAAGACGCAAUUUAACCAAAUUAAAAUGAGAUGAGGAAUAUUUCAUAAUAGAAUCUUACAAAUAACAAUUUGACAAAAGAAUUAGAUCUAUAAAAUUAAAAUUAAAAUAGUAAACUAGACAAAGACGAUUUUAAAGCACCUCUAUAAGAAAUUUACUCAAACAUUGAAUAGAUGGAUAGUUCUAAAAAAUAUUUUAAGAGCAAACUAAACGUAAAUGAUUUUUCUUCUGAGGAUUAAGCAGAAAAAUCUGAGUUUUCUUUCUAACAAUAUAAAAAUACCCUCAAUAAGAUUGAUUCAUCAUAGUGUAUAGGUUCUCAAUAAAAAAUUUAGGAUUAAAAUUUAAAAAAAAUUAUGUCUAUUCCUCAAAUAAGAGGAAGCUUUUAAAUAAAAAGCCACAGAAUAUCUUAAUUUAGAAGGAAAUCUAUUUUUAAUAUCAAAUUACCUCAUAAGCUUUCACCUUAAAAAGUUAAUUAAUCAGCAUUAUUAGGUAAAAGAUCUAGUCAAUUUAUUGAAAAGUAAGGCUUUGAUUAAUAAGGAAUUACUACACUAUAAAAGCAUUUAUAAUAAUCUAAUAGCAUCAGCACUAAUUAGCAUUGCUAUAAAAAAAAUCAGAUUUCUCAAUAAUUUACUAUUUCAGACUCUUUAUAGAAGUCUUACAAUUUACACAGUUAAACAAACCCUCUAUAAACUACUGAUUAAAAUAUUUAAAAAAUUACUGAUUGCCUAAAUAAACAGAUUGAUCAAAGCAAUAUUAUUACUAAUUCAUCAAGACUAAAUGAAUUUGAUGAUUACGAAAUAUAAAUUGAACAUGAACAAAACAUUUCUCAAGCUUAGCAACUAAAUGUAGUUUUCCCUUCAAGAUAGCUAGAAAAUUGA